UUCAGUGAGUGGUUUCUGCAGAACUUCAUUUGGAAAGGCCUCUGUAGUUGGGGAAAGAUGGCCCAUUCCCAGAACUCCAUGGAGUUUCCUGUUAACAUCAAUGCUACCCAGAUUACCACUGCCUAUGGCCAUCGGGCCCUGCCCAAGCUGAAGGAGGAGCUGCAGUCAGAGGACCUCCAGACGAGGCAGAAAGCCCUCAUGGCCCUGUGUGACCUCAUGCAUGACCCCGAGUGUAUCUACAAGGCCAUGAGCAUAGGCUGUAUGGAGAACCUGAAAGUUUUGCUGAAGGAUAGCAACAGCAUGGUGCGGAUAAAGACCACUGAGGUGCUCUACAUCACGGCGAGCCAUAGCGUGGGCAGAUACGCCUUUCUAGAGCACGACAUCAUCCUUGCCCUGUCCUUCCUGCUGAAUGACCUCAGCCCAGUCUGCCGGGGGAACCUGUACAAGGCAUACAUGCAGCUGGUCCAGGUGCCUAGAGGUAGGCUCGCGUCCUGCACACAGAUCUGCUGGGCACUCAAGUUGUCCAUCGGUCUCCUCUCCAGGUCACAUAUGUACCAGGGUGUAGAUCAUCAACUUUUUAUUAAGUUACAACAUACAUAUUAG